AUGUUCAUCCCGCUUUCUCCUUCGGGGCACCACAGCCAGGUUCUAAGAAACUUCGGCGCCCAGCAUGACCUGGACCUCCCUAUCACCUUUGCCUUUGGCCUCAAUUCGGGCUCUAAGAAAUGGAGGAAAAACUGGAAUGUCUGCAUGAACAGUGAAUAUGACCGACUAAUGGGGCUGUCGUGUCACCAGCCUUACCACUUAGCAAGAGUUGUGUAG